AUGCUGAGACAUCUAUCAAUGAACAUUCCAUUGGUGGAAGCCCUAGAGCAGAUGCCAGGAUAUGCUAAGUUCAUGAAGGACUUGGUCACGAAGAAACGAGUUGUAAGUUUUGAUUUUACUAACAAUGUUCAUCACUGCAGUGCUAUUGCCACCAGAUCUCUGGUACAAAAGAUGGAGGAUCUGGGUGCAUUCACCAUACCGUGCACCAUCAGAUCAAUUGAGUUUGCAAAGGCCGUGUGUGACUUAGGGGACAAUAUCAACUUGAUGCCGCUGGCCAUCUACAAGCAACUGGGGUUAGGAGUUCGAAAACCCACAACAAUGAGGUUGAUGAUGGCAGAUAGAUCGGUGAAGCGACCUGUAGGCAUCUUAUGUGAUAUGCUUGUAAUUGUGGACACUUUCAUCUUUCCGACAAACUUCGUGAUCUUGGAUUGCGAAGUAGAUUUUGAGGUUCCCAUAAUUUUGGGAAGACCAUUUCUACCACAGGACGAGUAUUGGUAG